AAUACCAAACUUCAAUUCUCUCUCCAUAAUCUAACACUUUCCUUUCACUUUACAAGUAGAACACAUGGCUGUUUCUGAGCUUGAUUCUGGAAAGGGGAAAUUGAGAACAAUUUUGAGCAUUGAUGGAGGUGGCAUAAGAGGCAUUAUUCCCGGAGUUAUUCUAGCUUUUCUUGAAUCCGAGCUUCAGAAAUUGGAUGGAGAAGAUGCAAGAAUAGCAGAUUACUUUGAUGUAAUUGCUGGUACGAGCACAGGUGGUUUGGUUGUCUCCAUGCUUACAGCUCCCAACAAGAAUAAUCGACCUUUGUAUCAAGCGAAAGAAAUUGUCCCUUUCUAUAAAGAAAAUACACCAGAAAUCUUCCCUCAACCAAGAUUUCAUUUUUUAAGUUCAUGGACGAAUAAGUUUUGGAAAGUUAUGGGGCCAAGGUAUGACGGAGAACACUUGAAGGACUUGUUAAAGAAAAAGCUUCGAGAUAUAACACUCAAGCAAACUCUAACACAAGUUAUAAUUCCUACAUACGACAUUAACCGUCUUUUCCCUGUGAUUUUCACUACUGCUGAGGCUAAAAUGGACGAGUUAAACAAUCCAACAUUGGCUGACGUUUGCAUCAGUACCUCCGCUGCACCAACUUACUUACCUUGUCAUAAGUUUAAAAUUGAAGGAAAUAGCAAUGAAUUUCAUAUGAUUGAUGGUGGAGUUGCAGCGAAUAACCCUACAUUAACUGCAAUACUGCAUGAGAAAAAAGCGAUGAUCAUCCGGAGCCAAUUAGAAACUCAGAAGAAGAAUAAGGAAGCAAAGUUAAAGAUGACUCCAAAAAAGAUGUUGGUCCUUUCUUUAGGGACUGGUUCAUUCAAAAAAAUUGGGAAGUAUAAUGCAGAUGAUACUGCCAAAUGGGGAAGUUUGGGUUGGGUCUGCAAAAAUAAAACUACACCUAUCAUUGAUAUUUUCAGUGAUGCAAAUGCUGAUAUGGUGGAUAUUCAUCUUGCUACCAUGUUCCAGUAUGAUCACGAUCUUCAUAAAAACGAUGAUGAUAAAAAGGCUAAUCGUCGUAAGAAGGAUUAUCUUCGUAUUCAGGCUGCGGACUUGAGUGGUGAUGAAUUAUGUUCCGUGGAUAUUGCAACCGAAGAGAACUUAGGAAACUUGGAAAUUGUGGGAGAGAAGUUGCUGGAUGAAACAGUGUCAAGGGUAAAUUUGAAAACUGGAAGGUUCGAGAAACUUCCUGCUGAGAAAGGAACCAACAGAGAAGCCCUUAUUAAGUUUGCCAAACGUUUGUCUAUGGAGAGGAAGCUACGAUUGUCGGAUUGAUGAUGAAGAAGCUUAAGCCAAUUCCAUUAUAUUUCAAACAUUUCAAAUAUGCUUUUUCUAUUUUGCUAUCAUUUUCUGUUUUAUUUAAUUUCAUGUAUGUGUGUGUUUAAUCCUUUAAUUUCCAUGUUUUAGUACAAUAAAUUAUUGUAAAAGUAGUCUUUUAUAAAGACUAUAUUUUAUGAUGUAUCCUUUUUUAUUUCAAUAAAAUAUAAGUAUGUCAUUUCCUUUUAUUA